CCCCAUUUUCUCCAAAAUAAAAUAGAGGCAGGAUACUUGUCCCCAUGAUUAAGCAUGUAUUUCAUGUAUCAAAAAUGACAACUAUUUUUUUUUUGACCAAAUGAGCAGUUACUGCCUUUUUACUUGGUAGGGCAGCCUGGCCUAGACCACAGAGCAAGCUGAGGCGAAAUCAGUUUCCAAGAAAAACUCCCUAAAAGGAAAAAAAACUUAGAGGAACCUGGCUCAGAGGUGUGACCCAUCCUCUUCUGGAUGUAAGUCGUUUUUUAACAUUUUGUUUCUGUAAUGAUCUUCCUUAUGUCCCAGUCCCACUCUAUAAUUUCGAUAGAUGGCGCUAUAUAUUAAAUAAUUUGCACAUUUACUGGGGACCUAUCACACCUUAUGCCUCUGCCUUAAUGCUUAAUUACAUUUACAAAAGUGGGGGCAGCAACAUUUGCUAUGUCAAUAAAAGUCAAUUAAUUCAUAUCAAAUUGUACCCCACAAAAGUGACGAUAUUACACUUACUGUAGUCCUGUCUUUUUAGCUGCAAACUACUAGAGAUGUGCCAUGCUGAUAGGACCUAAUGUAAGCUCCCUCUGGUGGCAGAAUACCCGAGAGUUUGGACCAACUGAGACUCCGUACUGAAGAGAGAGAGAUGAACCUGCUAGAGUCUCCUUUUUGCUUCAUAUCAACACCAAACCUAACGGAUUGACUGAAUUAUGUAGAUAGAAGAUUUACUACACUAUAUUUGGCAUAUUGCCCUCCGUAAACGAUCAAACAAAAUGAGGCAUUCAUAUCUGCCAAGUCUUUUUGAUAUGGAAAAACGUUUUUAACAGUAUCUGCACGAAAAAUGAAAUGACCGAUUUUAUCAUCAGAAAUAAAGCUCCAUGCUUUAUUACGUGCAUUUUUUGUGAGUUUUUGUUGUUAUUUUAGUUUUUUUUAAAUGACAUUUACAGAUUUCAUAUAAAAGCUUGGUGCAACAAAAAGGAAAUGCAUUCAUAGAAGAGAGGAGGAUUGCUUGCCACCUCAAGGUGAUAGUGGGAGCCAGUGUGCAGCAGUCCAGGCCCAGGGGAGGGACCGACCGAGUGGAUGCUCCAGGCUGUGCGGCAGGGGCGACAGUCUCGACCAUGACUCGGCUGAUGCUGGGCCGGACACUGGAGCGCAUCUGCAAGGCUGUCCUGCUGCUCUGCCUGGUGCACUUCGUCAUCAUGAUGAUCCUCUACUUCGACGUCUACAGCCAGCGCUUCGACCAGAUCUUCAGCCGCUUCAACAACGGCCGCAACGCCAGCCGCAGCGGACACCACUACUACUACAACCUCAGCCGGCCCAACGCCACCUACGCCAGCUACCUGGCCACCGCAGACCAGCUGCUGCCCACCGUACGACCCGAGGGAAACCACACGCCGCCCACUACCAAGCCCAUACCACCUUGCCCGGAGAUACCCCCUGGUCUAGUGGGCCGCCUCCUCAUCGAGUUUGCCUCCCAGAUGACGAUGGAACGAGUGCAGAAGGAGAACCCCAACGUGACGGAGGGGGGCAAGUACACCCCACCGGACUGCCGCGCCAAACAGAAGGUGGCUAUCAUUAUCCCGUUCAGACACAGAGACAACCACCUCAAGUACUGGCUGCACUACCUGCACCCCAUCCUACGACGGCAGAAGAUCGACUACGGCAUCUAUAUCAUAACCCAGCUUGGUGAGGAAACCUUCAACAGAGCCAAGCUCCUGAACGUGGGCUACACCGAGGCCCUGAAGGAUGCAGAGUAUGACUGCUUCAUCUUCAGCGACGUGGACCUCAUCCCUAUGGACGACCGUAACCUCUACCACUGUUACGACCAGCCACGACACUUUGCCAUCGCUAUGGACAAGUUUGGCUUUAGGCUUCCUUACGCUGGGUACUUUGGCGGGGUUUCUGGGCUGAGCAAAAAACAGUUUCUCAAGAUCAAUGGCUUCCCCAACGAGUACUGGGGCUGGGGAGGAGAGGAUGACGAUAUCUAUAACAGGAUCACCCUCAACGGGAUGAAGGUGGUUCGACCGGACGUCCGGAUCGGCCGCUACAGGAUGAUCAAACACGAAAGAGACAAGCACAAUGAACCCAACCCACAAAGAUUCAAUAAGAUCCAGAACACCAAGAACACUAUGAAGAGAGACGGGAUCAGCACGUUAACGUACCGUGUGCUCCAGUUUAAGAAGUACCCUCUCUACACCAACAUCUCUGUGGAGAUCGGCAAGCCCCCGCCCCGGCCUUUCAGGGGAUAGACAGAUAGAGAGACCCGGCCUGGACAUGGAGAGGGAGGGAGAUGGGGCAGAGAACGAUAAUGCACAGUAGAGAGCCUCCAUCUCUGCCUCCACCUCCCUCAGCCCGACACAGACCCAGAUACCCCCCACUGACCUGGGCUAGGAGCCCGCCAAGACCCCUCUUAGCCCACUCUGAGUGGAGAUACACACCUGUUGCAGUCCAACACUGCUCACAGCUCAAUGGUUACGGCUGGCCUCCAACCUGGGAUGCUGACUAGCUGACUCUGGGGGGGGACUAACUCUCAGGAAUAGAUGAAGAAGGGGGAUGUAUUAGAUCAGAUUCAUUCUCCUGGCUGGAGCCACAGUGCUGUUCUGGAAAUGUGCAUACUGUACAUGAAACACACAGCAAUAGGGAUGAGGAUGUCCAGGGUUCAAGGGGAGUCAUAUCGACAUUGUAUCGUUGACACGCUGGGGGUUGGGUUUGGGAUUCAGAGGUACUGGAGCAGAACCAAGAAGAGCAGCCCUGAUCUCUCUGUGAGAAUCUAUCUGUCAAUCAGAACAUACUAUAUUGGCGCAAAAUGAAUGUGUACUGUCUGUGCCUGCAUCUAACGCAGGCUUUCUCCAUUUCCCAUGUCUCUGCCAUUGACAAAUGGUUCUGAAGCAGAGCGACAUUGUGCACCAACUCCGGUCUCUCUUUGGUCUCUUUUGCUUGUGACAAAGAAUUGUUACUAUCUGUGGAUGGAAACAAGUUUGAGAGGCAUACAGUGAAUAAAGACCUAGUAGUGGAUGGGUAUGACUAUCUAAAGAACUGGUUUUGACCUGUUUGUGGAGAAGAGAGGUCCAGUAAAAAGAACAUAAGAUGAACUUCUGGCAUGGUUCUAACAGGUGACCAUCAGACGUGUUCUGACGUGUGCUCACUCACAAAGGUUAUAGUAGAUAGUGAUGGGAGUUUAAACCUUUGCUGUUUAACAAUGGAUACCGGCAGUUUUAGAAGAGGAUCAUAUCUUGCUCAAAAUGCAAGACUCUUUACUCAUUUUUUUUUUGUUUUCAUUUUGAAUUUAAUAAAAUGAUAAGGCAUUGAUAACCUAGUGGUGGGAAUUGUGAAUGAUGUUGAUAAGGAGAGUCUAGUAUGGUGAAUAUUUGCAUUGUAGCAUUCAUUCCAUCCAUUCCGAGGCAGAAGCACACUGCACUGAGGUGAUAAGAACACAACGGAAGUUAGUUAUUUCCUCAGGGUGGAUUCCCCUAGAAUAAAUGGAAAACUAGCCCACAUACAGUAAGAACAAAUCUAAUAUCGUAUUACUAUUAACACUACCAGUGUAUGAAAGCCUUUUAACGUCUUAAGUAAGUAAGCUUUUUCUUCUCUCACUCUCUUCUCCUUUUUUUGUACUGCCUAAACACCAAACUGAUGCCUUCAGAAUUUUUAUGAGGGGCAAUGAUAAGGAAUGCUGCAUUUUGGGAUUUUUUUUAAUGACGUUCCUUUUGUGUGAAGUGACGUGGAAAUCUUUUUGUACUAUCAAUGGUUUUCUUGGCCAGG